AUGUUUCCCUCAGGGAACACGUUUCUUGGCGGUUUCAACGUGAUUCAAACGCAUUUCGAAAAGAAAGAGCUUUUCAUUUCAGUUUUGAGUUUCGUUCACUCCUGUAAUUUUUGUUUCCCUUGGAUUGAGGAUCUUAAGCGAGCUCGAGCAAGGUUGAAGAAGCUUCCUCGGUUGAUUACCGAGAGUGGAACCUGGAGUGAGUCAACACUAAAAAAAAAGCUUGAUGAUGACUUCUUAAGGAACCACACGAAAGUGUUACUAACAUCGGAAGCGUCGGACAGAGUUUGGGAAGUGAAAUUGGUCGGCGACAGGCUCGCCGGCGGCUGGGAAGAGUUCGCCGCAGCUCAUAAUUUCAGAGACGGCGACGUUUUGGUUUUCCAACACGGUGGAGACGAGAACUUUCGUGUAUCUGUAUCUUCCCGAUCCAGUUCUGGUGACACAGAGCACGCAUCGCUUACCAACGUUGAUACUGAGGAUGACGAAUCUGAUGAUGAUUCUGAUGAUGAAGAAGACGAAUGUGAUGAUGAUAGUGACGAGGAUGACGAAGGGAACAUUUCUGUGAAGAAGAAUAAGAAAGCAGAAGCAAAUUCCUCCUCUUACCUGAGGGCACGUGUCACACCUUCUAGCCUCCGUAAAGAUCGUUUGGAUCUUUCCAGAGAUUUCACACCUGUGUCGUUCGGUGAGGAAAACAUACCGCCUGAGAUAGACCUUGUUAACGAGCAAGGAAGAAGAUGGACACUGCUUCUUGCCAAGAACAAGUCAAGUAAUGUGUUUUACAUCAGACGAGGAUGGCUUAACUUCUGCUUCGUUAAUGAGCUAAGUGAAGGCGACUCGUGUCGGUUUAGAAUCAUCGAAAAUGGGGAAAGGCCUGUCCUUGUGUUGUGUCCACAGGAGCCUAGCGAUAAGAGCUUGUUGGGUGAAGUUUCAAAGGGGAAAGAGAAGAUGACCCCAUCGCCAUUUCUUGAAUUUAACUUUACAUCUAACCGUUUAACGACAGGACAACUAUAUAUUUCAUCACGUUUCACGAGGGAGAAUGGGAUCAACAAGCCUGGGGAGAUAACUCUGCUGAACGAAGAUGGAAGAAAGUGGACAUCUUAUCUGAAGAUGACGGGACGUGAAGGAGGCGGAAAUGAAUGGUUUUACUUGAGAGGAGGUUGGAGAGAGAUGUGUAAAGCGAAUGGAGUGAAGGUAAAUGAUUCGUUCGUGCUGAAGCUGAUAUGGGAAGAUGCUAAUCCUAUGUUCAAGUUCUACUCUAAGACUGAAAACAAGGGAAAAGGAAACCAGAGAACUCGUAAGAAGAGAGCUUGUGGGACUGUGGAAAAGACUUCAAACACUAAGGCAAGAAAAUAUCAGCGGUUGGGACCACAAUCUUGCUCAGUUUGGGAUCAGGUGGCUGCUGCGAAACAGAGCAUUGUAGAUUCUCUGAACACGGUGAGACAGUGUAGGAGCGAGCUUGAGACAAGGGAACGUAAUCUGAAAGCUUCUUUGCAGGCAAUUGACGCCUUAGGGGAGAGGAUAUUGGGAAUCAGCAAAAUACUCAACAAUAAUCUGGUUUAA